AUGCCAAGACCCAAUUUCACAGCUGUGGCAGAAUUUAUCUUUGAAGGUUUCUCCGGCUUCCAUGAGCACCAGCUCCCUCUUUUUGUGGUGUUCCUUGCAUUGUCCAUCUUGACCCUGGCAGGUAAUACAAUCAUUGUGACCAUCAUCCGUAUUGAUCGUCAUCUCCACACCCCCAUGUACUUCUUCCUCAGCAUGCUGUCCACUUCAGAGACUGUGUAUACAUUAGUCAUUCUCCCAAGGAUGCUGUCCAGCCUCGUGGGCAUGAGCCAGUCCAUCUCACUGGCAGGCUGUGCCACACAGCUGUUCUUUUUCGUAACCUUUGGGAUCACCAACUGCUUCCUGCUCACAGCAAUGGGAUAUGACCGCUAUGUGGCCAUCUGCAACCCCCUGAGAUACACAGUCAUCAUGGACAAGAGGGUGUGUGUCCAGCUGGUGGGGGGCGCCUGCAGCAUUGGGCUGACUGUGGCCAUGACACAGGUGUCAGCUGUGUUUAGGCUGCCCUUCUGUGCCACAAAGGUGGCCCACUUCUUCUGUGACAUCCGGCCUGUGAUGAAGCUCUCCUGCAUUGACACCACUGUCAAUGAGAUCCUGACUCUGAUCAUUAGCGUUUUGGUGCUUGUUGUGCCUAUGGGUCUGGUCUUCAUCUCCUAUGUCCUCAUCAUCUCCACCAUCCUCAAGAUCGCCUCAGCCGAGGGCCGGAAGAAGGCCUUUGCUACCUGUUCCUCCCACCUCACUGUGGUCAUUGUCCACUAUGGCUGUGCCUCCAUUGCCUACCUCAAGCCCAAGUCAGAAAACACCAGAGAUCAGGACCAGCUGAUCUCAGUGACCUACACUGUCAUCACCCCCCUACUGAACCCUGUGGUGUACACCCUGAGGAAUAAAGAGGUCAAGGACGCUCUGCUUCGGGCCGUUGGCAGGAAGCUUUCCUGA